UGAGUGUGACCAAAAAACGAAACUAACCUUUUGUUUUGCUCUGUCCACAUCAAAAAACCAAGAAAGAAGCGUGUAUAUUUUCAUUUUCAAUCUUCACUCUUUUCCCUCUCGCUACUUCUCUCAAAUCCACUGCCUCAGGUUCACUCGCCCUACUUCCCCACCAUUCAGUUCCGAAGCUCUUCUUCACCUUUUGUGUGGUGAUGUUGGUGGACGAGAGCAAGUUCGACGUGCACUUGAAACUGUGGGCCCUUCGAAUACCCUGCCAAUUUUGCAAGGCUGCCACUCGAAUCCUCAACGGUUAUUUGCUUGACAAACCUCGAGUUAAACCCAUAGCCGAGGACCCAACUUGUGACAAAAACCGUUACCUUAUACUCUCAGAGAAAGUUCAGAAUCAAGAUUUAUCCGAAAUUCCAAAGCAAAAGCUUGAUGAGCUUAAGGACUUGUGUGAGAUUGAGGUUUUGCCCUAUUCGUUGACACUAGGUUAUUCAUACUGGAGUGCAGAUCAAGUGCUGAAGCAGAUACUGCCUAAUGGAGUGGAAGUGCCUUCAUCUUUUGAAACAAUAGGUCACAUUGCUCACUUAAACCUACAUGAUGAAUUACUUCCCUUCAAGGAUGUUAUUGCGAAGGUUAUUUAUGAUAAAAAUUAUCCAAGAAUCAAAACAAUUGCUAAUAAAGUUGGAAACAUUACAAAUGAAUUCCGUGUUCCAGAAUUUGAAAUUUUAGCAGGAGAGCAUGAUAUGAUUACAGAAGUGAAGCAAUAUGGCGCCACUUUUAGGCUUGAUUACAGUCUGGUUUAUUGGAAUUCCAGAUUGGAACAUGAACACAAGAGGUUAGUUUCAAUGUUCCAAGCUGGAGAAAUCAUUUGUGACAUGUUUGCUGGUAUAGGUCCUUUUGCCAUUCCUGCCGCACAAAAAGGAUGCUUAGUCUAUGCAAAUGAUUUAAAUCCAAAUAGCAUCCACUAUCUGAAGAUUAAUGCCAAAAUCAACAAGGUUGAUGAUCAAAUAUCUUCAUACAACAUGGAUGCUAGAAAGUUCAUAUCCCAGCUGAUGGAAGUGCCAAAUUCUGAGCAUAAAAUAGAAAAUGUUGUUCCCGUUUCUGAUACACGUUACACAUGCAAGAUACAAGACAAUACUGAAUCAAAUUCAGAAAAUGAGUUGCUAAGAGUUGAUACAAAAGACCUAGGAAACUGCUCUAACACUAACACUAAUACUACUUUAGAGGAUAUUCAAGGUCCAGCAGGGCAUACUGCUAAGUCUGCAAUUGGUGUCAAAAGAUCUUGCAGUAGUUCUGAUGAAGCAAAUGGAAAGGCUCAUGGCACUGACAUCCUUGAAGGUGGUGGCAAAAAGGGAAGCGCAAACAAGAGAAGAAGAGGGUUUGAUAUCUCUGUCCCAAAAACUUGGGAACAUUUUGACCACGUAAUAAUGAACCUACCAGCAUCUGCUGUUCAGUUUUUAGAUGCAUUCAGGGGAUUGAUCCAGAGGAAAUAUUGGAAAGGACAUCUACCAUGGAUCCACUGCUAUUGCUUCAUUAGAGCAACUGAAACUCCUGCAUCUAUAAUAGCUGUGGCAGAAUCUGCUUUAAAUGCUUCUAUACUUGAUUCAAGGUUUCAUAGGGUUAGGGAUGUUGCUCCUAACAAGGCAAUGUUCUGUUUAAGCUUCAGGUUGCCAGAAGCAUGCCUUUGUGAAGAUAGUAAUGACACUGUCCGUAGUGGUGCUGCUGAUGAGAAAACUCCUUUGUGAAGACAAGGCCAUGCCCGACUCAGAGACUAGCAUACUGAAACAUGAAAAAUUAGCAAAAUUUUUUAAGCUCUUGACGGGCAUUCGCUGUACUUCAAGUGUAAUAUGAUAAUUAGAUCAACUAAAAUUAGUUAUGUAUGUCCCUUUGAUUUGAAUAUGAACUUUUUUCUUUUUGUUAAAUUUGAGUUACUUUUGGUUUA